AGCCCUCCAGGCUCAAUCGCUGCAAACAAAUUGAAAGCAGAGAAAAGAUGCUUCAAUUAUUCUUUCUAUUCUUUUUCCUUGUCUUUACUUCUGAAGCAUCGGUUCAAGACUUCUGUGUAGGAGACCUUAAUGGCCCAGAAGGGCCUGCAGGUUACUCUUGCAAGAAUCCUGCUAACGCCACAGUGGAUGAUUUUACGUUUACGGGCCUGGGAGCGGCCGGAAACACCUCAAACAUCAUCAAAGCUGCCGUAACUCCAGCAUUUGCAGCUCAAUUCCCGGGCGUAAAUGGCCUAGGAGUAUCCAUGGCGCGAUUGGAUUUAGCGCCUGGUGGCUUGAUACCAAUGCACACCCACCCUGGGGCAACCGAGCUGCUGUUUGUUGCUCAGGGAUCCAUCCAAACUGCAUUCCUCUCUUCAGCCAAUAAGGUGUACUUGAAAACGCUGAAAAAAGGCGAUAUUAUGGUAUACCCGCAAGGCCUGCUGCAUUAGCCUGCCAUUGCUUAUUUGAGUUUCAGUAGCCCCAUGCCCGGCCUCCAAAUUACAGACACGGCGUUCUUUGGAAACGACUUGCCUUCCGAACUGGUCACGAAGUCGACGUUCCUGGAUGCUGCUCAAGUUAAGAAGCUUAAAGCUGUUCUUGGUGGUACCGGCUAAUCCAAAAAAAUUAUGCCAUUGCUUUCCCACAUUCAGUUCUUCUCCUUUGUGCCCAGCAACGUGGUUAUCAUUCAGUCAUUAUUUUAGCCCAUCUAUAUCAUAAUAAUUUCCAGUAGUAUUCUGAAAUGACGAGUGCAAACAUUUCCAAGUUGUAAGCUAAACAAUAUACGUAGUAUUGAU